AUGGCAUCCAGAGGUCCAUCCAAUGCCACUUUCCGUGAUAGAGAGAAGCCUCAGGAGGUGAGAAAGGCUAAUAUCAUUGCUGCUCGUGCGGUAUCAGAUGCCAUUAGAACUUCGUUAGGUCCUAAAGGUAUGGAUAAGAUGAUUAAGAGUUCUCGUGGACAAAUUAUUAUUUCCAAUGAUGGUCAUACAAUUUUGAAACAGAUGGCGAUCUUACAUCCGGUCGCAAAAAUGCUUGUAGAGGUUUCUGCCGCUCAGGAUACCGAGGCAGGUGAUGGAACUACAUCUGUUGUUAUUCUUGCAGGUGCUCUAUUAGGUGCAGCAGAAAGGCUUUUGAGCAAAGGUAUUCACCCAGCUAUCAUUGCUGAAUCUUUCCAAAAGGCCGCUAAGAGAUCAGUCGAAAUUCUAUUGGAAAUGUCUCAUAAGAUUUCAUUGGAGGAUAAAGAUGAUUUGAUUCGCGCAGCUUCCACUUCGUUGAGUUCAAAGAUCGUUUCUCAAUUUUCCAGUUUUUUGGCACCAUUAGCUGUGAAUUCAGUUUUACAAAUAUCUAACAACGAUUCUAAGAAUGUGGAUUUAAAUGAUAUUCGUCUAAUUAAGAAGAUUGGUGGUACUAUUGAUGAUACAGAAACUGUUGAUGGUGUUGUAUUGACUCAAAAUGUUGUAAAAAGUGCUGGUGGGCCUACAAGAAUUGAAAAGGCUCGUAUUGGGUUGGUUCAAUUCCAAAUUUCACCACCAAAACCAGAUACAGAAAAUAACAUUGUGGUUAGUGAUUAUAGGCAAAUGGAUAAAAUUUUGAAAGAGGAGAGAUCUUAUUUGUUGAACAUAUGCAAAAAGAUUAAAAAGGCAAAGUGUAACGUUUUAUUGAUACAAAAAUCGAUUCUAAGAGAUGCUGUUAACGAAUUGGCACUUCAUUUCUUAUCAAAAUUGGGUAUUAUGGUCAUAAAGGACAUUGAGAGGGAUGAAAUAGAGUUUCUAUCCAAAAGUUUGGGUUGUAAACCAAUUUCAGAUGUCGAUUUGUUUACAGAAGAUCGUCUUGGUGCUGUUGAUCUAGUAGAAGAAGCGGAAAGCGAUGGUUCUCGUAUUGUUAAAUUAAUUGGUGUUAAGGGCCAUAACGCUAAACCAACGGUUUCAGUUAUCAUUCGUGGUGCUAAUCAAAUGAUUCUGGAUGAAACUGAACGUUCCUUACACGAUGCACUCUGUGUAAUUCGUUGUUUGGUUAAGGAAAGAGGUUUAAUUUCAGGUGGUGGUGCUCCAGAAAUCGAAGUUUCACGAAGAUUAAAUAAAGAAUCUCGUUCCAUGGAAGGUGUGGAAGCAUUUAUUUGGGAAGAAUUUGCUCAAGCAUUAGAGGUCAUUCCAACCACAUUAGCCGAAAAUGCAGGUCUAAAUAGUAUUAAGGUGGUUACAGAGUUACGUUCUCGUCAUGAAGCUGGUGAAAUCAAUGAAGGUAUAUCGGUAAGACGCUCCGGUACUGCUAAUACUUAUGAAGAACACAUUUUACAACCUGUCUUAGUGAGCACAAGCUCAAUAACGUUGGCUUCGGAAUGUGUUAAAUCGAUUCUACGUAUUGAUGACAUUACCUUUAGCCGUUAA